UGAGUUGCUCUGAGGCAUGGACGAUAGUAAGCAGAAGUCCUACCAGUCAGUGGCGUGUGUUUACUCGAAAAGUCUUCAUUAAUUGAGAGACAUGAAGAAGAGAUUUAACAUCAACUUGGACGAUUCUGCUUUCACCAAAGAAAGAACACCGCUCAAGCCGCAGUUUCUGUCUUCAUCUGCAUCUUCACUAAAGCCUGCUCCUGUGUCAGUGGACCAGCCCUUGUCUUACGCAGAAUAUAUCGUCCAGAGUAAAAGCAAUGUGGCUGCUGCCCCUCAGAGAGAGGUUCCCCUCAAACUGCCCAAGACUCAAGGUGCUGGAGCUACCAGUCUGAAACAAACUGAGCCUGGUUCAGGAUCUUCUGCCACGGGAAGGUGUGAAACUGUUCAGGACUGCGCUAAAGGGACCGAAGGUGGAUCUGAAGGGGCUCAGAAGAGUGAGGAGAGACAGGUGACGGGCACAGACCAAAAAGAGGGUAACUGUCAAAGGUUAGAUGCAAGCCUCAGCGUGGGUCCUAAACCGGUGGGGUCUGGGAGCAGCAUUAUUGUCAGUCCUCGACAGAGGGGAAAUCCCAUUCUGAAGUUUGUGAGGAGUGUGCCGUGGGAGUUUGGAGAUGUUGUACCAGACUAUGUCUUGGGACAGACAGCAUGUGCUCUCUUCCUCAGUCUGAGGUAUCACAACCUCAACCCAAACUAUAUACAUGACCGUUUGAAGCAGCUUGGACAGACAUUCACGCUGCGAGUGUUACUGGUUCAAGUAGAUGUGAAAGAUCCUCAUCAUGCGCUGAAGGAGCUGGCUCGCAUCUGCAUCAUGGCUGACUGCACUCUCAUCUUGGCUUGGAGUCCAGAGGAGGCAGGGCGUUACCUAGAAACAUAUAAGUCAUAUGAAAAGAAGCCAGCAGACCUACUGAAGGAGCAAGUUGAAAAAGACUAUCUGUCAAAGGUUACAGACUGCCUGACCACUGUUAAGUCUAUAAACAAGACUGAUGCUAUUACCUUGCUGUCCACUUUCUCGUCCAUAGAAGGAAUCAUCAGUGCGUCUAAGGAAGACCUGGUUCUCUGUCCAGGCCUUGGACCACAAAAGGCGAGACGACUCUACGAUGUGCUGCACAAGCCCUUCCUCAAGUCGAAAACGAAAGACAGCUGAAACUUGGGACCAGCGAUGUGUGACAUGCUUGUGAAGUUUGUGUGUUGGUUUGUGACAUUGUGUGUUGGUUUCUGACAUUGAACAGACACAUGAGGACUGAGCUGAAUACUACAAACACUCUUUCUAUACCAAGUCAGAGAAAGACGUGUAAAAUUUGACAUGAUAUUUUAAGGAUUUAAGAUGAUUUUUUUUGGAUGGAGUUAUGGAGUGAUAUCAUUUGUUUGUUGCUGAAUUAAUUUUUAAUGAAAAUA